UCCUGCGUGUAAUCCUGGGGGGAUGACUAAAUCCAUCUUGUAGAGCCCUCUUCCCCUACCAGUGCCUGUAGUAAAUGGGGAAGAGUCUUCAACAGCGAUUGGCAUGUGGCAUUCGCGUAAUGUCUUUAACAGCACGCGAACCAUCCUAUUGUGCAGGAAGGUUGAGGCGCCGGUCUUCGCGCAGACCAGGGAAUGGGGUCGGCUCAACCGUUCCAUACACGGUGACAAUGCACCUGCGCUGCAAAGUCUGCCUGUAUCGUAGUCAGUUCGGUCGUGACUCCCCAGUACACGACCGAUCGAUUCUCGAUAAAGGUCAGGUGAAGCACUACGCCCCUUCGGCUGCCGUUCAGGCGAGCGAGAAGGCCAGCGGAGUCCUCUUCACCGUCUUCAGAUCGCUGCUGGCGGAGUUCGGCAUCAAGCUCUCGGACCUUGCCGGUGGAACGACGGACUCUGGUUCUGACAUCAAGGCGAUGUGCACCAACUUCCUCCUGGCACAGCACAACGUCUACUGGGACUGGUGUGUCUGCCACCUGGCGGACAGGGCUGCCGAGGCCGCCUUCGGCACCUCGGCCGACCCCCAGAAAUCGAAGAACAAGGAUGCGCGCCAGGUGGUCUCGCUCAUCAUCAAGGCCGCCGCCAAGGUGAACCAGUCGCCCAUCUUCAAGCAGAAGUUCGACGAGGCCCAGAUGGAGAUGCUGGGCGAGACCUUGAAGAUCUCGAGGCACGCGCCCCAGCGAUGGCUGAGCCUCGUCCGUGUGAUAGAGCGCAUCAUCCGCCUGUGGCAUGUCUUGAGGAAGCUCUUCUCGCUGCUCCAGCCUCUUGCCGUCAUAACUAGGGACGGGCAGUACGGCGCCGUCCCGAUGACGGCAGAGAUGCACAUGGCGUUCGCCGAACUCAAGAAGGAGUUGCUCGACCCCGACGAGCCGCUGAAGGUGUUCGACAUCCCGGCGACGCCCGUUUCCCCGGAAGCAGAGCAGGCGGACGAGGAGGUCCCGAAGAAAAAGAAGUCGCUGCCGCACAAGAUGGUGGAACCGGCUGCCUUGCGUCCCGUCGCCACCAAGACCCGGGAGUUGCUCACCAAAACCCUCGUGGAGAAGUUGUACCGAAGGGUUUGGGACCAGGACAGCGCCGACCCUUCUCCCUUCCGCAACGCCUCCGUGCUGCUCACCCCGUCGUACAAAGACACCAACUUUCUCCAAGCGCAUGCUUUGACGGCUGCAGACUCGCAGCACCUUGACCAACGCAAAGCCCACUUGGCCCCUACCAUCGACACCGAGGUGGACCAGAAACUGAACGAUUGCUGGGCGGACAUCAAAGCGAGGGCGUCGGAGGCUGCGCGGAAGAAACACUCGGCACGUGCGACCGCAGAGGGCGGCCAACCACCGCUGAAGCGCCUCUCCACGCCGGCCACGAAAGCCAGGCCUAGGUUUGCUUCCCUGGCACGAAACAGGGUCCGCGGCGAUACUGAAGACGUGGGCGAGGGCGACAGCGAGGACAAGGUGCUCAUGCAGCAGGUCAGCCAAGAACUCGAGCGCUUUCAGGCGCUGUACAUGACGGCAGAAGAGUUGGACACGCGGGAAGUACUGCCUUGGUGGCGAAACACUGGUCGCAAGAUGUUUCCGUGCCUGGCGCCAGUAGCGCAGCAGGUGCUUGGAAACCAGGCGGGUGCCGCGCAGGUAGAGCGCGACUUCAGUAGUUGCGCUAAUCUCCUCACGCGCAACAGGAGCCGCAUCGACACCUACUGGGUAGAGAUGGUGAUGUUCCUCCACGUCAACUACAAGCGUAUCCCCGCGUUCAAGGACAUUCCCAUGAUUGCCGCCAAGGAUAUCAGGACAUGUCUGCCGCCACGGUUCAACGGGGGGGAUGCUGACCUGGCGGCAGCUGAGGCUACCUUCGACGUGAUUGAGAACACCAACAACUCGGACAUCGGCGUGUGAAAGUCGCGAGCGUUUCAUAAGUAGCCUCUUUCUUUGACUCCGUAAGAAGGACGUAGCAGUCAAAGUAGGUUGAGUCGGAGUCGCAUGGGAAGGCUAAGGCUUCUGCUCUUGGGUGUUGUGUUACCGAACUUCAGUUUCGCGGUCGUAAACUAAGUACUGCGCGGCUACGGCAGUUGAUUUGAUUUGAACGAUAGGCUAAUUUCAGUGCUGGGUACGAUUUCUAUUUUGUUCAAUGCUAUAGCGCCCUUGCCUCUCUUCCUGUACCUUCGUCGUAAACACGCACGUCGUCAAACUCGUCAUGUUCUGUAGGGUAAUUCAUGGGUACCGCGUAAGUACCGGGGGUUCUUGUGUAGACACAGAGUUCUGUAACACCCCCUGUACCCUACAGAAUAUCUCUGUGCCGCCCCCUGUAUCCUACAGAAUAGUUCUGUAACAUCCUCGCACAAUACAGAAU